CAAGCUGGGUAAACGCUUCCAUUUAAGCCUUGCUGCUCUCAAGACAAGUCCUAGAGAAAUAAUAUUUUUAGGUAUAGCCGUUAUCAUGGCAACCAGUGCGGUCCCUAGCGAAAACCUUCCGACAUAUAAACUGGUGGUUGUAGGAGAUGGAGGCGUGGGGAAGAGUGCCCUCACCAUCCAGUUUUUCCAGAAGAUUUUUGUGCCAGACUAUGAUCCCACUAUUGAGGAUUCCUAUUUGAAACACACAGAAAUUGAUGGCCAGUGGGCUAUCUUGGAUGUUCUAGACACAGCAGGUCAAGAGGAAUUCAGUGCCAUGCGAGAGCAGUACAUGAGAACUGGUGAUGGUUUCCUCAUUGUGUUUUCUGUUACUGACAAGGCCAGCUUUGAACAUGUUGAUCGAUUUCACCAGCUCAUCCUACGAGUGAAAGACCGAGAGUCUUUCCCAAUGGUUUUGGUUGCUAACAAAGUUGACCUGGUACAUCUGAGGAAAGUGACAACGGAACAGGGCUCUGAGAUGGCCACCAAACACAAUAUUAGCUUCAUUGAAACAAGUGCCAAGGAUCCCCCAAUGAAUGUGGAAAAAGGUUUUCAUGAAUUGGUCAGAGUUAUCAGGCUACAGAUUCCAGAGAGUAGUCUGAAAAAGAAGAAAAAUAUGAAAUGGCGCGGAGAACGAGCCAUAAAUUCUCACAGACUUCACUGUGUGAUAUUGUGACUGCUUCUCCUUUUACAGUAAAAUAAUUUUUAGCAUUUUGUGCAAUAAACUGCCAAGAAGACUGAAUGGAGAUCUACACCAAUUAGAGGACCACAGACUUUGACAAUCAAAACCCAUCAAACAUGAAGUCAGACAAUCAAUAAAAGUCAAACUUUAUUUAUAAAGCACUUUGUUUGCCAAACAAAGCUCAGACAAUCUCUUCCUGUCUCAGGGAAGCAGAUUGGGAGACAUACAGUAGGAUGUCGUGUGUGAUUUUGCACAUGGAUAUUGUUGUAAUAGAAUCACUCAGCUCUUUAAGAUGCUUGUUUUAAGGGUUUCCAACAUUCAUUCAAAGAUGUGUAUGAUUGUUGUGCAAAGCCUUUUCAGCAUGCGCAGGGAUUGUUGGAAGUUGUUGUCCCUGCGGUUCCGUAAGAAGAACUCAAAUCUGCCUUCCUAAUGAAUAUUUAUUGCCAUGUUUGAGGGAAAUUGUAGCAGGAGUGUAGCAGUAGUAGAGCUUGUUUAUGAUGAGAACACCUUUGAGUCUUGGGAGUGUUUGAUAUGUCCCCAGAAUGGUGUUUAGUGUUAAGAACAAACAGUACAGAUCCAGAUAAAGGUCCCAUUUGCACUAGCACACAAAUGCAAGUCAUUUGGCACUUUUCCAGGAGGGCAUGUUAUUUACUCAUGGGGUCGUUUGCUGUUUGCUGCGAUUGCAAAUGUAUGCAGUGUUAAAGGCACGUUAAUGUUUGGGUCUCAAGAGAUUUUUUUCCCUAAUACACAAUUUGUAAUCCUGUCUGAUAGCACUGAAAUAGGUGUCUGGAGAAAUCACACCUUUCACACAGUCUUAGUCUUAGACUUUCUAAGAGACAACACACAACAAUGUGAAAUACACGUUUUUGGUAUAGCAUCAAAAUGCAAAGAUAUUUUUAAAUAAUUUCGCAGUAUUACGAAUGCAUUCAAGCAAUUUAACAAAAUACAUUUUAAUCAUUUAACUAAUGCAAUCCUCGCACAUUUCAUUUUUUUUAUUGGUAAAUCACAUGAAGCACACAAUCAUUUCUAAGAGCCAUGGUUCCAAUGCCAAUGAGUACAGUUCUGUGCAUUGGGUCCGAUUUGAUCGCGGUCCAAACCCAUGUUAUAAUACAUCUGGAGUCGGACCAGGUUUGUUGACAAUAAUUUAUUGUUUACAUAAUGUACUGCUUUGCCAUAAGUGAAAAAAGGGCAUUGUUAUUCAAACAAGCUUAUCAUUCUGUGGUCCAACAAUUGUUAAUGAACAAUGUGAAAACCGGAGUUGUUUGUACAUUAACAAAUCAUCUCAAUCUAAGAUGAUAAGACACAUAGUUUUUCUAUUGAAUGUCACUUUUUUAAAAGAACUGUAUGGGGUAUUUAAUUAAGUUAUCAUCUCUAUAAAUAUCCCUCUCCUAACAAACAUUUGCUUAAAACAUGUCAGGUUUGAUUUUGAAACAUUAUUGCAACAAAUGUUUCUGUCAUUAUAAAAGAACGCUCUGCUUUGUUUGAAUACAAAUACAAAUGAAAUUUGGAACUGGUGAGAGAUAAGCAUCAUAAGAUGGAUUGUUAGAGAGAGGUUUUAAUUGAAUCUUUGGAAGGCAUAUAGUUUUAAUUUAGCUUUAGUUGUUUGAAAUACUUUAGUAAAGAAAUAAUCACUUUGUAGGAUUGAACAAUAAGGAUUUUCUUUCUGCUGCCCAAAAGGACAGGUUUUUUUGUUUUUUUCCAAUCGAAGAGAAUAUACUUUAUUUUUUACUUUAAGACAGAAAUCUUUUUAAAACAAAAAAAGUGCAUUUCUUGAUAAAAAAUAGUAAGCUUUGAUAUGCAGUGGAUCAAAUGUGUGUAACAGCAGAUGGCAGCAAAGCACAGAUAUUUUCAGAAACAGGAUUCCUUCAUUGCUCAACAUUUUUUUAUUCUGAUUCUGCAGUCACAUCACAAUAAUUCAUUACUUCUGUCAAUGGUGUGUUGUGUUGUGUGUAACAGGAAUUGAUGGGGUGAAGGGUAGGAGCAGGUGACCAAACUCAGUCACAGCUUGCCAGAUCAUGUGAAUUAACCACAGGGUCACGGCUUCAAUCUGAAAUCUGUACAAGAGAUUGAAACUCAGUUGCUGACCCUGAACACUACACUGUGUUAAUUGGAUGGCAAAAGGGCCAAAACUGACUUGAAAAGAAUAUGACAUGUCUUAAAGAGAAAAAGGUUUGGAUUUAUCAUCAGAAUCUGCUGUCAUUAAAAUAUAUAAAGGCUACAGUAUGUAUUUGACUUGAUAAGUCUAUGUUGUAUUUCUAUAGUGUAGGCUACUGUGCUUCAUAUCUUUUUCUGUGCAUUUGACAUUCAUUUACAUUUACAUUUAUGCAUUUGGCAGACGCUUUUAUUCAAAGUGACUUACAUUGUAUUAUCCUAUACAUUUGUUUCUAAGUAUGUGCAAUAGCUUGGGAUCGAAGCCACGACUAUGCAUUGUUAACGCAAUGUUCUUACCACUGAGCUACAGGAAAGCAUAUACAUUCAUGGAUAUUAAUAUUGAAAAGUCUGGCCAAAUGCUAAAUGGAUGUGAAAUAAGUAGAAUUUUGAAAUGAUAAAAACGAUUUGAUACGCUAUCCUCUCUCUUAAAAUGUGAAAUGUUAAUAUUUUUAGUAAUAUUUCAAAUAUUUGGGAGAAAUGUUGUUAGUUGCAGAUUUUUUUUGCCGCAACUAUAAAAAGCAUUUCAACUACUAUGGUAUUGUUAUCCAUAAAGGGUUGUUAAAAUUAAAAGAGGUCCUCAUUACAUCCAUGGGUGGGUGGCCAUUCUAAGAGAUAAAGAAGGGAAUAGACGAAGGGGACAGUAGGGUUAUAAAAUCUCAGAAAAUGCUCAAAUUAUCAUGUCAUAGAAAAUAAUUAUAAACAUAAAGCAUCAAAUUUAUUUUAGAUACUGUUUAUCAGUACUAUUGUAUAACAUGUCUGAAUACGUGUGUUAUUCUUCUAACUGUUAGUGUAUUUUUAAGUGGUGAUGUUGAUGUCGCCGGUUGAGCUGAAUUGCUUCAGCAGGGUACUGUUUGGACAAGAACUUUUUUAUACCUCCCAGCUUUGGCUCCCGGAUUCAACGGUGCCGUACAAACACUGAUCUAACUCUGAGCUGCCACCCUGGGGUAUAAACUAUGGUUGGUGGGGGUAGAGAUUUGAGAAUUAACCGCUGCGGCAGGACUCGGCACGAUUCAAAGGCUACAUUCAGAAUGGAAUACUAGUUUUCUACCUCCUAUACUAUUUUUAUAAUUAAUAUGUGAAGCACUAGGCACAGAAUGCAAAGUUAGCUUUUCCCACACAAGCCAACAGUAGGUAAAUUAAUCAAAUGUAUAGGUCAAAAUGAUUUGUCAUUAAACUCUGUUGAAAAAAACAUGUUAAAAGCCAGCUUAUAUUAAUUCUUAUUCAUCCACUCGAAUUGGAAGGUAAGAUAAAGUGCAUUGCAUCUGUAUUAUUGUAUUAAGUACAUUGCAUAACACACAUUUAUUAGGUGUAAUAGGUCACCUGGGUUUUUCAUGCUUACAGAUUUUUUUUCAUAUCUUGCACUGUAAAUAUUAUCUACAGGAGCAAAGUUGGAAUAUUUGCACAUAAAAGUCAAAUAACAGACCAGCAGUGCAGUAGAUACACAUUCUGCAAACAUCCUCAUACACAUUGCAGGAAAGUUUCAUAAUUUCCUGUUGAAUUGACACUUAAAGGAUGAGAAUUGUAAAUAACAAGGAUGAUUGACAGAUUGGAUAUUUCACAUCUGGGAUAGUUCUUCUCAACUACCAUUACAGUAGCUGCCUACUGCCCUUAAAUACCUUAAACAUUUUGUUUCUUCCCCCUAAUCGGCUUUCUGUACAGAGUGUCAACCCCCCGAACAAUACAGUUAUUGGUUAGCGCACCUGCAGGAGCAUCAUUAAUGAAGUGCAAGUCAAGAUAAAUGUCAGUUCACUAAGAUUGAAUAUAAUGUGUUCCCAAAGUCAGUAAUGGAGUGUGCUCGGGGCUAAACUCUGUCUUUUGCCUCGUCAGCAUGUUAACAAUUUUAACCCCUGUCAUAUUGGAAGCUCAACAGUUUCAUAAUCCUACAGAGUAAACCGCUGAGUCUAGUAUUGCAGAAUAAUCUUACAACGUGUUGAAAAGUUUUUUUUCCACUUUCCUGAAGAAAAAACGUGCAUACUUGAGCAAAACACAGAACAGAUGUUGUGAGAGAUUGCCAGGGUGUUAUAAUCCCUAAAUGGUUUAGGUAAUUUAAAGGCUAAAACAAGUAUGUUUAUUUUAUGUAAUGCAAUGUGUAUACACGAUUUAUGGUUCAAAAACGCUGUAAUUCCCAGCAUGUUCUUUCCUCUUUGCCCCGCCUCUCUGAAACGCGAGGUGUGAUAUGGUUGACCAGUUAACCAGUGCGUAGUGAUUGGUCGAAUACUGGAAGUGUGUGAUUUUUUAAACAAUUAAGUUUAAUACAGUACAUUAUACAGUACAUUUAAUCCCUACAUUGCUUCUGGGGUUAAGGCAGGCUAUUAGUCCAAGAUUGCCUUGGCAGUGACUUUUUUGUUAUGUAUUAAAAGAAUAUAAUAUUCAGGUCAGCAGCAGAUUUGGACCAAUGUUCAGAGUUUAUUUUCAAGGUUAUUAGAUUUAUAAAGCAUAUUAAAACAACCUUGGUUGAAGAUAGGUUUUUAAAAUACUUUUGAACUCAGCCACCGUGGGCGAUGUUUUGAUUAAUAAAGGCUUUGGGUCAGCAACUACCAGGGCUCUGUCCCUCCUACAUCGUAAUCUAUAUCUUGGUACCCAUAAAAGAUGACUGGUCUGUGAUGUGAGCGAUCUGCCUGUAUUAUGCUCUGUAAACAGAUCUGACAGAUUUUGAGGAGCGAGAUUGUUUAGGGCUUUGUAGACAACCAACAGGAUUUUGAAUUCAAUACGAUAUUGAACUGCUAACCAGUGCAGAGAACAUAGAAUAGGUGUUCCUACAGCCCGUGAACAAGUGGGCAACCGCAUUUUGGACCAAUUGAAGUCUAUUUAGACUAGACAGGAAGCCCAUGAAAUAGCGUUUUGCAGUUGUCAAGCUGUGAUGAAAUAAAAGCAUGUAUUACUAUCUCAAAACUCUUUCUACUAAGGAAGGGUUUAACUUUCGUUAAUCUUUUUCAGUUGGCCCAAACAGGACAAUUUGUGUUUUUCCUUCAUUAGGUGCAGAAAGUUAUUGGAUAGCCAGGCUUUCAAAUCUUGAAGACAGACUGUAAGUUGGUUUAUGGUAGACCUGUCGUUGCGCAUAACUGGAAUGUAAAGUUGCGUGUCAUCGGCAUAGCAAUGAUAUGAUACCCCAAAUCUCCUAAAUAUUGAGCCAAUGGGUAACCUGUAUAGUGAGAAUAGAAACGAUGCCAGGGUUGAUCCCUGAGGAACACCAAAUGUAACAUGCGCAACAGAAGAAGAGUGCUUCCCUAUAUUAAAUGAGAAUCUUGGACAGGAAGGAUCGAAACCAAUUAAGUAUGGUGCCUCCGACACCGAUGCAACGCUCUAAGCAAGAUAUCGUGGUCAUUAAAGUUAAAUGCAGAGCUGAGAUCUAAUAACAUUAAUGCCAUCGUAUUACCAGCACCAGUGGACAUUAGAAUGUCAUUAUAGACUUACAAAAGGCCGGUCUCGCUACUGUGUAGUGUUUUAAAACCAGACUGAAAUAUAUCUGUAAUACCAUUCCUAUGCAGAUAGUUUUGAAGAUGCCUAAAUACCUUUAUAUCAAAAAGUAAAUUGACAAAAAUGGUAGAUUUGAGAUUGGUCUAGAAUUUGAAUAAACUGAAGGGUCAGAUGAAGGCUUUUUGUGGGAUCGGUGACACGGAUGCUAGUUUGAAGUCAUCUUCACAUUUUGCAUGUUUAUGCGUCAGUACAAGAUUUUAAUUAAAGUGAUGACAACACUUGUAGGUAAAAGCCAGCCACCAUGAAAUUUGCUAUCAUUCAGUAUAAUGGGUUCUGCAUCUUUAGUGUGCUGUUGGAUUUGAGAGAGUUUUGUUGAGACAGCUAAUCUUACUGAAUGAAGAAAAUCAAAGUUCCCCUCACACACAAUUGUAUUAUUAUUGAGUUAAUGUAAAGUGGAAAUAUUGUUAAUUAAGAAAAGAUGCAUUUGAAGAGAGGCAAAGAGGUGUUUGUGUGAAUAUGGUAUGCGACAUGGUUCGUGUCUGCUUUUUUUGCACACAAGCGUUUCAAUUUAAUGAAAACUUUCCUGAAAUUAUAAAUGAAUGAACCUCUUUAUAUUGUGUUUUCUUAUAAUAGUCAAGAGCCUCCUGUUGAGUCUUGGCACUUCUGCCAAAGACUGCAUCUGAAUUCAUUGCCAAGUAAUGGUUGGGCACGUUUUUGUUAACUUUGCACUUUAUUUGUCAGAGAACACCUUUAGGCUAAAUGCAUAAUAAAUGAAUGGAAUCAAGAAGAGGGCGCACUUUCAAAACAACUAUUUGAGUUAAAAGCCUUCCAAACCCAAUUUAAUUUAAUUAAACUUGCGUUUAGGAUUUGUGACAUAUCUGACAUGCUUAAGAAAGUA